AUGGCAUUAUCAAUUUCAAUAACGCGUAAAACAAUUUUAAGUUUUAAUUCUGCAUAUUUACUAAUUUCACAUAAUACAUCAGUAAUCUUAAAUAAAGUAAAUAUAGCCUCAUUUCACUACAAAAAAAGAAAGCCAUCAAUACCCAAAGUAUCCGGAUAUACGCCAAAACGACCUUCAUACCUUCCUGAUGACCCUGGCUUCUUCGCCGGCAGAACCUCUAUAAACAGGUUCGAAGAGCACUAUUUGAAUACUCUUGCAGAUGAUAUGAUGAUUUUAUUAUAUAGACAUAAUUAUCCCGCGGCGCAGAGCAUUUUGAAUAACACCGAGCUGGAUGAUGAUUAUCUCGCGGCGCCAAAAGUUUUGGACGAUAUUGAGCCGGACGAAAAUGAUGAUCAUCUCGCGGCACCGAGAGUUUUGGACGAAAUUGAGCUGGCUGAGAAUCCUUAUUUAAGAAAUCGAAAGCCAAAACCACUUCGUACGAAAGAUCUACCUAGACCUCUUCCUAAAUCAAUGAUUAAUAAAAAUUUGCCACAAUUACAAGAAAUUGAUUUACAUUGCAUGAUGCGUGAUGCGGUUCAAAAUAAACAGCAUUUAAUGAGUGGUUUGAUAGCAUUGCAAGUGAUAACGUCUGAACGGCCUACAGUUGUAUAUGCAAAGAAUAAUGUAUCGAAUUGGAAAUUACGAGAAGGGAUGCCAGUUGGAUGUAAAAUUGCACUUCAAGGGCCAUCAAUGUACUCAUUUCUCGAUAAAUUGGUCGAGAUAGUCUUACCACGUCUUAAAGAAUGGUACGGAAUUCCUGAUAGUGCUGGCGACACUCGAGGAAAUAUUGCAAUGGGUCUUCCGCAUCGAGCAUUACCCCUAUUUCCAGAGAUCGAAGCAAAUAUUGAUAUGUAUCCUAUGAUGACUGGUUUUGAUAUUAUUUUCAAGACGACGGCCCCAAAAAAUCAAGAAGCAAGACUAUUAUUGAGUGGAUUUGGUCUACCAUUUUAUCCUAGGAAAGAGGGGAUGAAGAAUAAAAAGUAG